AUGGAAGAGGUGAUCCUUGACGAGCGCGAUCAUGCUCGACUUGAUCUCAAAGUCUUGCCUUUGAACGGCUGGAGGAACAAUCGCAUACCGGUUUUGACUGAAGGUAUACGGGUUGUCCUUGUCUCCAAUGGCAUCAUGUGGUUAAGGUUCUCUAUCUUGUUGAGCCUUCCGCAUUUGCUCUAUCUGCUGUUGGAGUUGUUGCAACUGAGCAGUCAUGUUCGGAUUGCCGUUAUCGCCCAUAUCGAUGGGAUUAGGCCUUUGUUGUCUGUUUGCUCGUUAUACUCUCGCAAGUUCUGCGUUGGAAAGGAUGAGAAGAUCUUCGUUGCGGUUACUCCGUCGAGAUGUAGUGUUCAUGCACUUGAAACACACACAAGAAGAACGAGAGAGAACAAGUUAGUAAAUCUUAGACUAGAUUUUAAAUCAAGAAUCAAAGGUAACGAAUUGGUCCCCGUCGCAACGGCGCCAAAUUUGAUAGUCUAA